CAAAAUAAAUGAUAAAUAUCUUUAAAACAUUAAAAAUACAUACAUAGAAAAGCUGAAAAAGUGGUCUCGUUCUUCACUUUGAAAACACAAUAUGCAGUCACCAUCACAUGCUCUGCUCCUCGAUUAUUUAAAAAAAUAAAAGAAAAAAAAGAUUUAUCAGUACUUCAGUAGUUGAGUAUUUGUGGGUUGUCUGAAAAUUUUCACUCGAUGGUCCUUAGAUCUUUGCCCAAGGCCAAGAUUCAUUUUUUAUUGGGAAGUAUGAUAACCCAGAAGAAAAGCAAUCUGUAAUGUGUGCAUUCACACCUCUUGAGGAAGGAAGUGAUAGGUCUUCUUUUGGAGAUGAGUCUUCAUUGGUGGCUCCAAGAUUGGAUCUUUUGAAUUGGGAUUUUCGUGAUUCUUCGUCCCAGUUCGUAUUUUGUGUUGCUGGAAAUUGCCCUGCUCAUCUUAGAAGAAAAUUUCACUAAUAUUAUGAGGUCUGCUGAAAUUUCAACUGGAAACUAGGAUGGAAAAGAGGAAAUGGCUGUGGAAGAGGAAGUCUUCCGAGAGGAGUCCCGGUGAAAGUGACAACUCAGGAUCAUUUUCUUCGCAUUCUGAGAGAUACUCUGGUGAACAGGAAACAUUGCAAGAAUCUCCAAAAAAUAGUUCGCAGUCGCCCGAAGUAACCUCUAAAAUUACAGUAACAGAUGAUGAAGUCAGGGAAAGUGUGAAAACUCUGACAGAAAAGCUAUCAGCUGCUCUUGUGAAUGUCAGUGCCAAAGAAGACCUAGUUAAGCAGCAUGCUAAAGUUGCUGAAGAAGCUGUGGCUGGCUGGGAAAAGGCAGAAAAUGAAGUGGCGGCAUUAAAGCAGCAGCUUGAGGUUGCAGUGCAGCAGAACCUGAACCUGGAAGUAAAGACUACACAUCUAGAUGGUGCUCUCAAGGAAUGUGUCAGACAACUGAGACAAGCAAGAGAUGAGCAGGAGAAACGAAUCACUGAUGCUGUCGCAGAGAAGAACAUUAAGUGGGAGUCCACAAAGGCUGAACUUGAGCAGCAAAUCCUUGAUCUCAAGGCAGAAGCAGACGCUUCCAGAUAUGAAAAUGCUGCUUCUACUGAUCCCAAUACUCUCCUAAUUCUUGAGGCUUUGGAGAAAGAGAACAGAUCCUUGAAGCAAGAAAUCGUGUCUAGGUGCAAAGAAUUAGAAAUUAUCACCACUGAGAGGGAUUUAAGUACCCAAGCAGCAGAAACUGCUAGCAAAUUGCAGCUGGAGAGCAUAAAAAAGGUCGCUAAGCUCGAGGCUGAGUGCCGAAGGCUUCAAUCUAUAGCGCGAAAAUCAUCUCCACUCAACAAUCAGAAGUCUGUUGCUGCUUCCUGUUUCUGUGCUGAAUCUCUAACAGAUAGUCGUUCGGUCAGGGGGGAGAGGCGUAACAUUGUAGACAUUGAUACUCGCAAGAAUAAUAAAAUGGAAGCAAAUGGAUCUGAACGCAGCUGCUCAGACUCAUGGGCCUCGGCAUUGAUCUCAGAGCUUGAUCAAUUCAAGAACGAAAAGCCCUCACCUAAGAGUCUAGCAGCCUAUUCUGUUGAAAUUGAUAUGAUGGAUGAUUUUCUGGAGAUGGAAAGGCUUGCUGCAUUGCAUGAGACUAAGAAUGAAAUUCCAUUUACUGCACCCCAAUCUGGUUCUGAAGAAUUGGUUUCCUUGGAUAAUCCAUUGAAAGCUGAGCUUGAAUCGAUGACUCAGCAAGUAUCUCAACUGGAAAAUAAAUUGGGGAAGAUUGAAGCGGAGAAAUUAGAACUUGAAAAUGCUUUAGAUGAAAGUCUAGAUUCACUGAAGGCAGCACAGAGGAGGUUGGAACAAGCUGAAAUCAGGUUGGACGAGCUGCAAAAGGAGCUAGCAGCAGUAAAUGAGACCAAAGAGUUGCUUGAACUUCAACUCAUUGGUGUGGAAGUGGAAUCAAGGACGAUGUCUGCGAAUGUUGAUUCAUUGAAAGCAGAGAUUGAAGAAGAAAAAAAGCUAUCAGCAGAACUAACAGUCAAGUGUCGAGAAUUGGAAAAUGAACUAACCAGAAAAAUCCAGGAAACCGAGCUAGAGCAACAAACACAUUCAAAUGGUGAACUCAAAAUAAAGCAGGAGGACCUAGCUGUGGCUGCUGAUAAGCUCGCAGAGUGCCAGAAAACAAUUGCAUCUCUCGGAAGACAGCUUAAAUCUCUUGCAACAUUGGAAGAUUUCUUGAUAGACACUUCAAACCUACCAGGGCUCUCUGGAGGUCAAUUGGUCUCACGCACUGGAGGAGAAGUAUGGAGGAUAACUUCUAACCAGACGUUUCUACCGCAAUGUGAUUCAGAUCGUUCAAGAACAUCAAUGGAGAACUGUUGCAAUCUGGGAAAUGGGAAUGAGGAUUCAUCACUAUCCUCAUCUUUGUCAGCACCAUCAACCAACCAUAUAACUGCUGCCAAGACCCGGAACAGUUUUGGGAAACUUUUCUCUCUGAGUAAGAGCAUUUCAGAACUUGAAAAUGGCCAUGACUAGUUUAGGGAAUUUUAUUUUUCCAGAUAGAAAUAGGAACAGUUUUAGCUAAUGAGAUCACUAAUUGAAUUCUGCAUUAUUGGCAAUUUACAAAGGCAUCAUUCUGUUGCAAAUUGCUGUGAAAAACAUUUUUGAGUUUCAAAUGACUUUUCAUUGUUUUUUCAAAGCAUUAUGCACAAAAAUGGGAAGAACAAACCAUUGUUUACGCACAAAACAUAAUUCUCUAACCUUUACAUUGGUCUUUUAACUAUUUCCUCUGUCUCAACUAUGUAAAACAUGUGGUAGUGUGAUGUACAACAGAGUAUAAUCUGUUAAAGCAGGCCUACAU